AAGAGUUUUUCGCUCCGGACAAGUGAGUUGCGGAAAAGUCACCGCGUCUCACUUCAGUAAGAGUUCGAUUGUCCCUCCCUUCAGAAGUCUCUAUAAAAAAAUUCUAAAUUAUUUUAUUACCGAGGGAUAGCGACCAUUUCACGCGUCAUUAGAGAGUGUAAAUAAUAAAAUAAAUAAUUACCAGCAGAACAAGAUGUACUUGAACGAUAGCAGCGUAAUCAGUCCGAUGCAAGCCUUUGUCGGGGGAGUACCCGGGAUCGGAGUCGGAGUCGGAAAUGUACAACAGAUGCAAGAAAGACUGCUGGGGUGGAACAUCCCACCGGAAUAUUCAGAUCUGGUCCAUCCUUAUUGGCGAGGAUUUUUAGCACCCGGGCGGUAUUGGCACAUCGGCUUUGCCCUGAUUUAUUUUAUGUUAAUGGUCAUGUCAUUUGUUGGUAAUGGCUGCGUUGUUUGGAUUUUUACCACAUCAAAAUCAUUGCGAACUGCGUCAAAUAUGUUUGUUGUAAAUCUCGCGCUAUUUGAUAUCCUAAUGGCAGUCGAGAUGCCAUUAUUGAUAGUAAAUAGUUUUCUAGAGCGUCCAGUUGGCUGGCAGCUAGGUUGUGACAUUUAUUCAGCCCUCGGCAGUGUUUCUGGGAUCGGUUCGGCCAUAAACAACGCAGCUAUUGCAUUCGAUCGAUAUAAAACAAUUUCCUGUCCAAUCGAUGGACGGCUGAACAGCAAGCAGGCGGGAGUUAUCAUCGCCCUGACGUGGUUCUGGACUAUGCCGUUCACCAUUUUGCCGUGGAUGCGUGUCUGGGGCCGAUACGUGCCGGAGGGCUUUCUCACAACUUGCACCUUCGAUUACUUGUCGGAGGAUCAAGACACCAAAGUAUUUGUCGGGUGCAUAUUUAUUUGGUCUUACUGUAUUCCGAUGACUCUUAUUAUUACUUUUUACUCGCAUCUCAUUAAGUCUGUUCGUAAACACGAAAAAAUGUUGCGCGAACAAGCCAAAAAAAUGAACGUAAAAUCUCUGCAAUCAAAUUCCGGGGAUAAAGAAAGGAGCGUUGAGAUGAGAAUAGCAAAAGUAGCAUUCACUAUUUUCUUUUUAUUCGUUUGCUCUUGGACUCCUUACGCGGUUGUAACAAUGACUGUUGCCUUUGGAAACCGGGAUGCAUUAACACCUUUCUCAACAAUGCUUCCGGCUCUGUUCGCCAAAACAGUGUCCUGUAUCGAUCCCUGGGUCUACGCAAUCAAUCACCCGAGGUACCGACUGGAGCUGCAAAAACGAUGCAAAUGGAUGGGAAUCCACGAACCGAUGCCGCAGUCGGACAGCGUGUCAGCAACAACGGAGAGGGUGAGCGACGAGUCAUAAUUUACCGACGAAAGCUCAAGUAGGCGAAGUACCGGGGGUGCUCGAGUUAUCUACCGAGGGCUGGUUUGAGUUGCUUGGGGAUGAGAUCGACGGGUGGACGACGGCUCUGCAUUGCCAACCACCACUCUUGCAGACCGCCGGCCAACCAUUGAUCUUUACUACUUACUAUCUUUUACUCAUUACUUACUACUUGAUCGAACGAUAAUACUGUAUAAAUUGUACAUUGUAUUCUACGGACGUUUAAUGAAGCGCCUGAUUGUUUUAAUUUAAUUCCAAACUCAUGUGUUUUUGAUUCUGUGAGUCUACUCGCUGAAUAUGAGACAUUGUAUACAAGUUUAAUCAUAAAAUAAAUAUUUCAAAGCAA